UAUUUUACCUAGUGCUAGCAUUUUUUAGAGUGUGUAUUAAUCAGAACAAUUAAAGAAGAAACUGCAUUUUUCGUAUUUAAUUUCUGGUUUAAAAGAGGAAAAAUUUAUGGAAGACACGGACAGAAUUGGAAUACAUAAUUUCAUUCUUACAAAGUUUAAUUCUCAGUUCACUCAAAUAAAUCUUACCAUUUUUUUUUCUUUCUUUCUUUUUUUCAGCCCCUGCAGGCGGAGCACAGAUGAGGGUCUCUCGUCUUUCUGGGUUUUUCUUUCGAUUUUGAUUUCAAGGCGUUGGUGUUGAAAUGGCGUCAAGUUCAGUGAGCGAUCUGAGGAUUGUUCUGCUUGGAAAGAAUGAAUCAGAAAACAGCCGAGUGGGAAACAUUAUACUGGGUAGAGAAGCAUUUCACACUAAAGCUCCAUCUUAUUUACAGAAGAAAAUUGUGAGCAUCAGUGAAGUGGUGAACGAGAGACACAUCACAGUCAUCAACACUCACCUGCUCCAGCAAAAUCUCUCAAACCAACAGACAGUUCAGGGAGUGAGAGAGUGUGUGUCUCUGUCUGCUCCAGGACCUCAUGUGAUCGUACUUGUACUGCAGUACAACAACUUCAGAGAGAAUGACAGACACAGAGUGAAAUAUGUGCUGAACCUCUUCAGUAAGCAGGCCAUUAAACACACUAUAGUGCUGACUACUGAUGAUGAGUCACACACAUCCAAACUGACUUCUGUUAUAUGGGAUAUUGCUAUUCAUUAUUUAAUAAAGGAAUGUGGAGGAGAACAUCUUCAAUUUGAUACAGGAAACACAGGAUGGCGCUCUGAGUUGUUCAGAAGAAUAGAGAAGAUACUCAAGAAAGAACAUGAAGAAUUUCUCAUCUGUGAGAUGUAUGAAGAUGAUGGCUCAUCGGUGGAUCAAGAUCAGAACAAAUCUGGAGCUUCAGUCAAAGGAGACAAUGAAGAGAAGGAGGAUUCUGAUCUCAAUGAGGGCACAAAAACAGGACGUGAUGGAGGAGUUCCAGAAGGUGUGAAGCUGAAUCUGGUUGUGUGUGGGAGUAACAGAGGAUUAAAAUCCUUCAUAUCAAACCUGAUCCUGAAGCAGAGUGAGAGAAGAUCAGAGCUGAGCUCAGAGUGUGUGAGGAGAGACGUGGAGCUUCAUGGACGUCUGAUCAGUCUGGUGGAGCUUCCAGCUCUAUUCAACACUCAGCUCUCAGAGGAGGAAGUGAUGCGUCAGACUUUCCGCUGUGUGUCUCUCUGUCAUCCUGGAGUUCAUGUGUUCAUCAUCAUCAUUCCUGAUGCUCCAAUUAAUAAUGAAGACAAAGCAGAAAUAGAGGAGAUCCAGAGGAUCUUCAGCUCAAGAAUCAACAAACACAUCAUGAUCCUCAUAAAGCAGAAUUCAGAGCAUCAGACAGCAGAACUAAAUGAAGAAACACAGACUGUCAUUGAGAGAUUUGGAGGACGACAUCAUUUCAUUGACCUGAACAUACAAGUGUCUGUGUUGAUGGAGAAACUGGAGCAGAUAAUUGAAGAAAAUAGUGGUGUUUGUUUCUCCACAGAGACAUUGAUGGAGACACAGAUGGAGAAACUGAAGAAAUUUGAACAAAUGAAGAGGAAAAUCCAUUCAUUAGAGACAUGGUUUCAGUCACAAGAUUCAAGAGAAACAGAAGGUGAACUAAGGAUUGUGCUGCUGGGAAAAACUGGAAUUGGGAAGAGUUCAACAGGAAACACCAUAUUAGGAAGAGAAGCGUUUAAAGCAGAAACAUCUCAUGAGUCAAUAACUAAAGUGUGUCAGCGAGAUAAAGCUAAAAUCAAUGGCAGACACAUUACUGUGAUCGACACUCCAGGACUGUUUGAUACUGAACUCAGUAAUGAGGUGAUCCAGAGAGAAAUCAGAAACUGCAUCCACAUGAUCCUGCCUGGACCACAUGUGUUCAUCAUAGUGAUCAAUUUAGGACACCGAUUCACACAAGAAGAAGCAACAUCAGUACAGAUCAUCCAAGAGAUGUUUGGUGAAAACUCUUUAUUGUACACUAUGGUGCUCUUCACCAGAGGGGAUGAUCUAAAGAACAAAACCAUUGAAGAGUUUCUGGGAAACCCUGGAUCUGCUCUGAUGAAGCUGAUUGAAUCAUGUGGAAACAGAUACCAUGUGUUCAAUAAUAAAGAGACUGGAGACCGAACACAGGUGACUGAUCUACUGCAGAAGAUAGACAACCUGGUGAAAGAGAACGGAGAGAGUUACUACUCAUGUAAGAUGUUCAGAGAGAUGGAAAGAGAAAUACAAGAACAACAAAAGAAGAUACUGAUGGAGAAAGUGGAGCAACUGAAUAGAGAAAAAGAAGAAAUGAUGAACAAACAUGAAGAAGAGAAAAAGAUAAGAGAAAAGGAAUUUAGGGAAAGAGAAGAACAAUAUAAAAGAGACAUUAAGGACACAGAGGAACAAGAGAGAAAGACACGAGAGGAGAUGAAGAGAGAACGAGAGGAAUGGGAGAAACAGAAACAACAGGAAAGACAAAAAAGAGAUGAAGAGGAUGAGAGAAGGAGAAAGAAAGAACAGGCAAUGUGGGAUGAAUAUAAUCAGAGACUUCAACAAGAGAAAGAGAGAAUGAAUAUGAUGAUGGAGGAAGAAAGGCGGAAUUACGAUAAAGAGAGAAAGAGAAGAGAAGAAGAGGACGAGAGAAGGAGAAAGAUAGAAAAGGAAACAUGGGAUGAAUAUUAUAAGAAAUUUAAACACGAGAGAGAAAGAAGAUACAGAGAGAAAGAAGAACUUCAGAUCAAACAUGAAGAAGAGAGAGAGAGAAUGAAGAAAAUGAUGGAGGAAGAAAGACAAAAGUGUGACAAAGAGAGAAAGAGAAGAGAAGAGGAAUUUAGAGAGAGAGAGGAACAGUAUAAAAUAGACAUCAAAUACAUAGAGGAUCAAGAGAGAAAGAUAAGAGAGGAGCUGAAGAGAGAAGGAGAAGAAUGGGAGAAACAGAAACAACAAGAAAGACAAAGAGAAGAAGAGGAGAAAGAAGCGUGUAGAUUUAUUGAGCUUCAUAUGGAAACUCCUGAGAUUCAGCACGCAAACUAUGAUAAAGAUUCACCAUCAGAUUCAGAAUGUUUGAGAAUCUUGCUGUUUGGGAGGACAGGAAGUGGAAAGUCUGCCACAGGAAAUACUAUCCUUGGAAAUAAUGAAUUUUACAGUGAGACCAGUUCACAGUUGGUGACCACUUCAUGUCAAAAGGUAGUUGAUGAAGUUCAUGAUCGAUCAGUAGCUGUUAUUGAUACUCCAGGACUCUUAGACACCUCACUGACAAAAGAACAAGUGCAGGAAGAAAUAAUGAAGUGUGUUUCACUGUCAGCACCUGGACCACAUGCGUUUAUCAUUGUGUUGAGCGUGGGAAGAUUCACGCAAGAGGAGAAAGACACUUUAGACAUGAUGAAGAUGAUCUUUGGCUCAAAAGCAGCAGAUUUCUGCAUUGUUCUUUUCACUAGAGGAGACAACUUGAACAAACUAACAAUAGAAGAAUAUGUAGAGAAAAAUGAUGAACUCAAGAAACUGAUCAGUGACUGUGGAAACAGAUUCCUGGCUUUUAACAACACAGAAACAGAAGAUCAGACACAAGUUACUAAGCUGUUUGAUAUGAUAGAAGAGAUGAAUCAAAGUCGAUAUUUCACUAAUGAGAUGUUUGAGGAGGCAGCGAUCUCCAUCAAAGAGAGAAUGAAAAUGAUAAAUGAGAAUGAAAGACAAAAUCUGGAUCAAAUUGAAGAAUUAGCAGCCAAAUAUGACAUUGAAGUCAAAAGCUUGAGAAAGAGACUGGAAGAGAAGAAACAAAAGAUAGAUGAGACAAGAGAGAGACUGAAGAACAAGUUUAGAGAACAAGAGGAAACACUCAGGAAAGAGUUUGAGGAGAAAGAAAAAUCAGAUCAGAAGAAACGAGAGACAGAGGAUCAGAAACAAUCAGAAGAGGAGAAACAGCAAAGAGCUGAAUAUGAUCAAAGAAUAGAGGAGAUGAAGAGAGAGAUUGAAGACCAGACAGAACAGUAUGAAAAACACCAAGAAGAAAGAGAAGGAGAUAGAAUGAGGGAACAAGAAUAUAAACGAGUUCAAGAAAAGAUGAAAAAUGAUCAUGAACGUAUUAUAGCAGAAUUACAGAUGAAACAGGAGGAGGAAAUAAAAAAGAGAGAUUCAGAGGAACAAGAAAAGAAAGAGAGAGAAGAAUGGAAGAGAAAAAUAAAAGAAGCUGAAAAUGACACAGAUACUCAAGAAGAAAUUAAACAACAGAUGAGAGAAUGGGAGGAAGAGAAGAAACGACAGAUGAGUGAACGAGAGGUAGAGGAAAAAGAGAGAAAAGAGAGACACAAGAAACAGCUGAGAGAAAAACAAGAAGAACUGGAGAACAAGAGAAAAAGAUUUGCAAUUGAUAAAGAAGAAGAAGAACAGAUGAUAGAGGUUGAGAGAGAGAAACAGAGAACAGAGAGAGAACAGAAAGAGAAAGAAUAUGAAGAAAAGAUAAAUGAAAUGAAAAGACAUUAUGAGCAGCUGGAACGAGAGAGAAAAGAAGAGUGGAGGAGAAGAAAACGAGAGGAUGAAGAGAGACGAGUGGAGAAGAGAAAGAGAUGGGAGAAAAUGAUAGAAGAUCUGAAACAAGAGCAAGAGAAGGAGAUCAAAAGAAGAGAAAGAGAGGAGAGAGAAAUAAUAGACAGAGAAGAAAAAGAGUGGUAUGAAAUCAAACAGAAACAUGAAGAGGAAAUAGAGAAGAUGAAGAAGAAACAUGAAGAUGAAGCCAGAAAACAAGAAAAAGAAUUGAACGAUUUAAAAAAGAGAGCAGAUCAGCAGGUUCAGGAGCUCAAGGAGAAGAUAUCCCUAACCCAUGAAGUGAAAAGUCUAGAAAAGAAACUACAAAAUAAACGAUGUCUUGUCAUGUGA